AUGCCAGAGAAAAAGUCCAUCCGGGUGCAGCAGGAGCUGCAGGGCUACCGUCUGUGUCGUUGGCGGCUGGCCCUGGUGGGCCUCGGGGUGCUGUGUACAGGGGGCUUCCUUCUCCUGGUGCUCUACUGGAUGCCAGAAUGGUGCGUCAAGUCCACCUGCACUCGUACCACAGCCCGUGAUGCCCAAGUGGUGUUGCUGCGCUCCACGGAUGAGUUCCGGCGCUGGUUCCUGGCCAGGGUGCGAGUGAUGCUUGCCCCAGGGAGAAACCCCUUCCACAGCCUGGAGACCCAGACCACCUCCCCCUCCUCCCCUUCCUCUCCUUCCUCCCUCUCCUACCCCUUCUCCUCCUCUGCUUCCCCACCUCAGGCCAACGGACACACCAUUCAUCCCUCCGAUGGCAGCCCUGCUCAGGAGCUAAUCAGGAAAUUUGCAGACUACCAGCCCACGCAGAUUCGCUACUUUACCUUUCAUAGCACAAAGUAUUAUUGGAACGACGAGAAGCAGAACUUUGAGGUUUUAACUGGCCUGGAGGAUCUGCAGGUCAGCUGCUCCACCCUCCACUCGGAGCACAGCACAGGCCUGACUAUGAACCAGCAGGAGUACAGGAGACUGUUCUUCGGAGUGAAUGAAAUUGCAGUGAAAGUGCCUUCUGUUUUCAAGCUGCUUAUCAAAGAGGUCCUCAACCCUUUCUACAUCUUCCAACUCUUCAGUGUGAUCCUGUGGAGUGCCGAUGAGUAUUACUACUAUGCUGCGGCCAUUGUUUUAAUGUCGGUCAUAUCCAUAGCUACCUCUUUGUACACCAUCAAAAAGCAAUACGUCAUGCUUCAUGACAUGGUGGCAGCUCACAGUAUUGUUCGUGUGUCCGUAUGCCGAGCCAAUAAUGAUAUCGAGGAAAUUUUGUCUACUGAUCUGGUGCCCGGUGACGUGAUAGUCAUCCCCAGCAAUGGGACCAUCAUGCCAUGUGACGCCGUGUUGGUCAGUGGCACCUGUAUCGUCAAUGAAAGCAUGCUUACAGGUGAGAGCGUUCCAGUGACAAAGACCAACCUCCCAAACCCAGUGCCAGGGGACAGGGGGGAGGAGGCUGGUAGUGCCUACAACACAGAGGAGCAUAAGAGACACACACUCUUCUGUGGCACCAAUGUUAUCCAGACCCGCUUCUACACAGGCGAACUGGUCAAGGCUGUAGUGGUGCGCACAGGUUUCAGCACAGCUAAAGGCCAGCUGGUGCGCUCCAUCCUUUAUCCCAAACCCACCGACUUCAAGCUGUACCGCGAUGCCUACCUCUUCCUGUUGUGUCUGGUGGCUGUGGCUGGAAUCGGCUUUGUUUACUCCAUUGUACUCAGUAUCAUGAACGAGGUGCCAGCUAAGACCAUCAUCAUUGAGUCCCUGGACAUUGUCACCAUAACAGUACCACCGGCGCUGCCAGCCGCUAUGACAGCCGGCAUUGUGUAUGCACAGCGACGCCUAAAACGUAUCGGCAUUUUCUGCAUCAGCCCACAGAGAAUUAAUAUCUGCGGCCAGAUCAAUCUGGUGUGCUUUGACAAAACUGGAACUCUGACAGAAGAUGGGUUAGACCUGUGGGGAGUCCAGAGGGUUGAGAAUGGCAGCUUCCACCUGUCAGAAGAAAAUGCCUACAAGGAAAAUCUUGUCAAGUCCCAGUUUGUGGCUUGCAUGGCCACAUGCCACUCACUUACCAAAAUAGAAGGCCAGCUGUCUGGGGACCCACUGGACCUCAAAAUGUUUGAGGCCACAGGCUGGAUCCUGGAAGAGGCUACCGAGGAGGAAACGUCUCUUCAUAAUCGUAUCAUGCCCACUGUCGUUCGACCGCCUAAGCAGCUGUUGCCCCCGGAGCCUGCUGUAACACCAGAGCAGGACAUGGAACUCUAUGAGCUCUCGGCAGCCUAUGAGAUUGGUAUUGUGCGCCAGUUCCCUUUUUCUUCAGCGCUCCAGAGAAUGAGUGUAGUAGCUCGUCUCCUCGGGGAGAAACGUAUGGAUGCCUACAUGAAAGGUGCACCAGAGGUUGUGACUAGUCUCUGCAGAAGAGAGACGGUGCCAGAAAACUUUGCAGCGGUUUUGGAAGGCUACACGAAGCAGGGUUUCCGAGUCAUUGCUCUCGCUCAUCGGCGGCUCGAAUCAAAACUUACUUGGCACAAGGUCCAGAACAUCAACAGGGAUCACAUAGAAGCAAACAUGGAGUUCCUGGGUCUCAUCAUCAUGCAGAACAAGCUGAAGCCAGAAACUCCAGGGGUGCUGCAGGACCUUCAUCAAGCCAACAUUCGCACAGUCAUGGUUACUGGUGACAACAUGCUGACGGCCAUCUCUGUGGCCCGCGACUGCGGAAUGAUCCCUCCCCAGGACACAGUCAUAAUUGCCGAUGCCCUCCCUCCACACGAUGGACAAGCCGCCAAGAUCACCUGGAGAUACGCUGACAAACCUCGCAGUGCGUCCCGACUUCAGGAAGUGAACAUAAGCCUGGAGGAUGUCUGUCACAUAGAUGAUCCCAAAAGCCAAGAGCUCUACCACUUUGCUAUGAACGGAAAAUCAUUUGCUAUAAUCGAUGAACAUUUCCCAGAUAUGCUUCAAAAGCUCGUGUUGCGCGGCACAGUGUUUGCCAGAAUGGCACCUGACCAGAAAACCCAGCUGAUUGAGACGCUGCAGGGUGUCGACUACUUUGUUGGAAUGUGUGGCGAUGGCGCGAAUGACUGUGGGGCUUUGAAGAGGGCUCAUAGUGGGAUCUCUCUGUCGGAGCUCGAAGCCUCAGUAGCAUCUCCCUUCACCUCAAGGACCCCCAACAUCUCCUGUGUCCCUAACCUCAUCAGGGAGGGCCGUGCUGCUCUUAUCACCUCCUUCUGUGUGUUUAAGUUUAUGGCCCUCUACAGCAUCAUCCAGUACAUCAGUGUCACUCUCCUCUACUCUAUUUUAAGUAACCUUGGCGAUUUCCAGUUCCUCUUCAUCGACAUUGCUAUCAUCCUCCUCAUUGUCUUUACCAUGAGUCUGAACCCAGCGUGGAAAGAGCUGGUGUCCCGUCGUCCUCCAUCAGGUCUGAUCUCAGGGCCUCUGCUGUUCUCUGUGCUGACCCAGAUCCUCAUCUGCUUGGGCUUCCAGAUCUGGACAUUCCUUUGGGUCAAACAGCAGCCCUGGUACAAAGUUUGGACGCCACUUACCGAUGUCUGCAACCUCACAUCACACAUUGAAAUGGACUUUGAAAAUGAGACGGAAGAGGACGAGCACAACAUCCAAAACUAUGAGAACACCAGCCUCUUCUACGUCUCUUCCUUCCAGUAUCUCAUUGUUGCUAUUGUUUUCUCCAAAGGCAAACCUUUCAGGCAGCCGAGCUAUAAGAAUUGGCCUUUUGUGCUGUCUGCUGGGAGUUUAUAUGUUUUCCUGCUGUUCAUCUUGUUCUACCGAGUAGACGUCAUUAAUGGGUUUAUGGAGAUUGUUUGCAUCCCGUUUGAAUGGAGGCUAAAACUUUUCCUCAUCAUCUUAGUCAAUGCUGCUGUGUCUGUUUUGGUGGAGACCAUCAUCCUUGACAUCGUCUUACGGAAGCUUGUGUUCAGCCGAGACAAACAGGGCAACUUUGGCGUCACUCCUGCCGCCCCGGCACCACAGGGAGUCAAUGAUCUGUAUGGACACAAGUGUCUGUCCUGCCAGUGUUGCCCCCGCAAGAUGAGACCCAAAGCUCGCUACAUGCACCUUGCCCAGGAGCUCAGUGUGGACCCUGACUGGCCUCCGAAGCCCACCACUACCACUGAAGCCAAGCCACGCCCAGAAAAUGGCUCUGCCUAUCAAAUCAUAAUCAACUCCUAGCACCCCACACCCUGUACUAGCUUAUUCAGGUGUGUUCAGUAAAUUUCAAUGGAACUGUCAUGGGAUAACUGCUUGCCUUCACUGUUCGUGCUCCAAUGCUGUAUAGUUUCAGAUACUGUAUUAUUGCGCAAAAAAAAUCUAUGACACACAUCUACCAAAU